AGAGAUAUAUGUAUAUGUCUCUUAUAUAAACACAAAGUGACCAUUGACAGUCACCAUAGACGAUUCGUGAUCCGUUCUUGUUUAUUUUUUUUAUUGUGUUUUUUUUUUCGUUGUCUUGAGAAAAAAUGGCAAGAAUAGUUCAAAUUAUCGUCACCUGCGCUUGUGUGGUAGCUGUAUCCGCAAUUCCUUCUGGGAAAUCACAUAACGCUUACUCAUACCCCUUCAACUUCGUGGCCCGGGAGUCAUGGGGAGCUAGGCCCCCCAAUGGGGCGACACCCCUGUCUCUGCCAGUCCCAUACGUGGUGGUCCACCAUAGCUACAUUCCCCCAGAUUGUGUCACCGAGGAUACUUGCAAGCACAAUAUGAGGCUUAUACAAGAUAUGCACCAGAUCGUUAAUGGAUGGCAAGAUAUUGGAUACAACUUCGCGGUAGGCGGCGAAGGUUCAGUUUACGAAGGUCGGGGCUGGGAAAACGUCGGAGCUCAUGCUGUGUCUUACAAUGUCAAAAGUAUAGGCAUUUGUAUGAUCGGAGACUUUGUAGAAAAUCUUCCGCCGCAAGCUCAAAUGGAAUCACUCAAGAAACUGAUAGCCACUGGAGUGGAACUUGGCUACAUCAGUCCAAACUACAAACUGAUUGGUCACCGACAGGUCUCAGCCACGGAAUGUCCAGGACAAGCCCUCUUCAAUGAAAUAUCCACCUGGGACCAUUUCACACCAGCCCUAUAAUAACCAACUAAAAGUAACCAGUGCCGGAUUAAGUGUGUGCGGGGCCCGUAGCAAAAUAUUCUGAUAGAAAUUUAAAGUUUGGGAGAGCCAUGCUUCGGUACGAAUGGGUUGGCUCGACCGGAGUGAUACAACGGGCCUCACAGAAAACC